UAAGUCUAAUACAUUUGGAUUCACCUUUUCAUAUUCAUUGACUAAAAGAUAUUCAAAUGCAAGUGUACACACCAAACUCCUACAAUCAUCCAUGCAGUCAAUCCUUCCUCCUCCUUUCUUCCUUCCAACCUCUUUUGACAUAUUCCUUCUUCAAACUCCAUAUAUCCAAACCUCCAUUUCUCCAUUUCACAAAUUCACAUUCAAUCCAUCCAACACAUUCAAGCCAUGAACAUCCACAACAACAACUUCACCUCCCUCCUCAUCUUCUUCUUCUUCUUUCUCUUCUCAUCUUCAACCACCGCUUUUCCCAACUUCUUCCCCAACAUCUCAUCAAUCCCACCAUCAUUCCUCCCUAACCACACCACAAACCCAUGGGACACCUUCAACAAACUCUCCGGCUGCCGCUCCGGCCAAAAGGUUGACGGCAUCGCCAAGCUGAAAACAUACUUCCACUACUUCGGAUACCUCGCAAACACCACGGGCAACUUCUCUGAUGAUUUUGACGACGCGCUUGAAGCCGCAGUCAAAAACUACCAGAAAAACUUCAACCUAAACACCACCGGCGAACUGGACACGUCAACGGUCAACCAAAUCUUAAAACCUAGAUGUGGAGUUCCAGACAUCGUCAACGGAACCACCACUAUGAACUCCGGCAAAACGACGUCGUUUCAACACUCCGUCGCUCACUACUCGUUCUUCCCGGGGACGCCACGGUGGCCGUCACGGCGGCGUGAUCUAACGUACGCGUUUGAUCCGCGUAACGAGUUAUCUGAAGACGUGAAGCGCGUGUUCGCCAACGCUUUCUCCCGUUGGUCGGAAUGGACACCGUUGACAUUUACGAACAUUAGCGACUACUCGUCAGCAGAUAUGAAGAUCGGUUUCUACUCCGGCGACCACGGCGACGAUGAGCCGUUUGACGGAGUAUUAGGAACCCUAGCGCACGCGUUUGCACCGCCAACUGGAUUAUUGCAUCUGGAUAACGCUGAAACGUGGAUUAUUAAUGACGUAUUCACAUCUGGAUCGUCGUCAUCAACAGCGAUGGAUCUUGAAUCGGUAGCGGUGCAUGAAAUCGGGCAUUUGUUAGGGUUAGGACACUCGUCGGUGGAGAAUGCGAUUAUGUACCCGACGAUAGCGUCUGGUGUGAAGAAGGUGGAGCUUGAUAGAGAUGAUGUUGAAGGUAUACAGGUGUUGUACGGUACAAACCCUGAGAAUAAUGGUACAGUUGGACCGUCGUUUGGUGAGAGGGAGAUGAGUGGGGUGGCGCGUGGAUCGAUUGGAUUGGUUUGGGGUGUGAUAUUGGCUGUUGGAUUGACGAUAUUUGUUUAUUGAUAUAUAUAUAUAUUUUUUUUUUUGCUUUUUUCUUUUGUAGAUAUUAAAUUGUUUCAAUAUAAUUAUUUUGGAUUAUUGAGGGUUAGGUGGAGUUGUUUUUUUGUAUUAUAUGUUGUAAAUGAGAUUAUACUUUUAUUUCAUAGCU